AUGUCAUUCAUCGAGGCCAUAGCACAAAUGCCCAAGUACAAAAGUUUCCUAAAAGAACUCCUCACCAACAAAAGGAAGAUGAAUGAAGUAUCGGAAGUCAUUCUAAAUGAAAAUUGUUCAGCUGCUAUGAUGAACAAACUACCAAUGAAGAUGGGUGACCCGGGGAGUUUGACUUUGCCAUGUCAAUUCGGGAAUUUGGAUACAUGUUACACAUUGGCUGAUUUAGGGGCUAGUGUAAACAUUAUGCCAUAUUCAUUCUUCAAGAAGUUAAACCUUCCAGAACCGAAGCCUAUCCAUAUGGCAAUUCAUCUAGCUAACAAGACGGUAACAUAUCCAAGAGGGAUCUGCGAGGAUCUUCUAGUCAAGCUGGAUAAGUUAGUAUUUCCUGUUGAUUUCAUAGUAUUAGAUAUGGAGGAGGAUCAUAAAGUUUCAAUUAUUCUUGGGAGACCAUUUCUUAACACCACUUGUGCUAUAGUAGAUGUGCAAGAAUCCAAACUCACUCUUCGAGUGGGAGAUGAUUCGGUCACUUUUGGAGUCAAUCAAGUGGAAAAGCAUUCAAAAUCUAGUGAUGAUGCGAUCUCCCUGGUGGAUACUAUUGAUGAAUUCUGA